CAGUUAAACCGAGAAAAAACAAGGGCCAAACCAAGCUUGACCAUUGCAUAUUAGGGAGAAACUGAUCCUAUUCCGGCUGGGUCUGGAUGUGUGAAACCCGACCCAUUGUACGAACCAAUUACCCAUCAAACCCGGUCCAUUGCUUCUCUUCUGACUUCUGAGAGCUUGACAGAAACGCCCAAAACCAAAGCCCGCGAACGGACUCGGCUGCAACUGUACGGACACCGGUGUCUCUGAAUUUGGUGACGGUCGACGGAGACCCAGAAAAGAAUUGUGGUGGUGGCGCCGGUGGUUGAUAUGUUAUGGAUGAGAUUGUGGAGGAGCAGGAGUUGAUGCCCAUUUCUGAGAAGAACAUCGACAAUGGUGAAGAGGAGUUUCAGAAGAAGGUGGAGAUCGUUGUGAGAACCAUAGGCCCUGCUCCCCCUUCUCGUCUCCAUGUCCCUUCUCCCAUCAGAGUACAUGAUUUGAGAAAAUUGAUAGCUGAGAACGGCCAUUUACCAAUCGAGAAGUUGAGGAUUAUAUUGGGAGGCAAUGUAUUGCAUGAUAGCAAAAGUGGGCACGAUGAGUACCUACAACUCAGCGAUGGUGAUUCCCUUAUUGUUGCUGUCAAACCAAAGGCACCAGUUAAGCAUAUUAAGGAUGGAUUUGAUGAUGACGAUGAUGAUGAAGAUCUGAAGUUUCAUCUUCCACAAUCAUCAAGCCAGUGGAAGAGGACAUUGUACAGCUUUCUUCAUGAUAAGUUGAAGCUUCCUGAUAUCCUUUUGAUGGCAAUUUUCUCUCUAAGUGUGAAGAUGUGGAUUAUUAUCAUUAUGUGGUUUAUUUUGGCACCCGUUGCCCAUAGAUGGGACAUUGGCCCUUUGUAUAUACUGGGCACAGGUUUUGGUAUCAUCCUUCUGAAUCUUGGAAAACGGCAGCCUGGCGAUGUCAGUGCAUAUUCUAUUUUCAAUGAAGACUUUAGAGAGCUUCCUGGGACUCUUAAUGCCGAACGUCUUGACGGGGACAUACGAACAGGUCAGUUGUGAGCCUGGUACUGACCAGUUAUGAUCAUCCAUUAUAUGAUGGUCAUGUUUUGUGUAUCAACAGAAUAGCGUUUAAGAUUUCAUAUUAAUCCAACAAAUGUGCACAGUUUUUUCUUUCUGGUCUUUUGUUCGGUUGAUGAGUAUAUUGUAAGAUUACAAGUUUCUUCUGAUAAACUAAAGCAGCGAUAGUAUAUUCUUAUGUGUAUAGUAUUGUCCAGAAACACUUGCGAAGUGACAGAUGUUUUAUGAAUGACCGGAGUAAUUGAACCCAAAUUUUUUA